CUCCUUUUUCUCUCUCUACCCAUUAAAAACUGGACUCCUUCCUCUCCUCUCCACUUUCUCAUUAGCCUUUUUGUAGAGCUCUGGUUUUCUCUCUCUCAGCUCUCUCUCUGUAGAGCUCUAGAGAAAGAAAAUUUUCUGGCCAUCCUUCAUUGCCCCUCCAGCACACGGCUCUCUCUCUCUCUCUCUCUCUCUCUCUCACUCUGCUUUUUCUUUUUUCCUUCUAGUUUUGGCUCCUUCUUCUUCUCUCUGCUUCAGCCAUAUUUAUAAACUAGAUACAUAUUUCUUGUUGCACUACAGAGAAGGCAGGGGAUAGACUUUUUGGGUUUCUUUUCUUUUUGAAAUUUGUUCUGGGUUAGUUUGAAAGUUUGAAGCUUUGUAUAGAUACCAUUGAUUGAUUGAUUGAUUUGAAAAAAAACAGGGGAGGUGAGAAAAUGGGGAAGUCUGUAGUGGGUUAUUGUGGCCUUUUCCUGACUCUGCUUCUGGUUUGUGUAUCUGGGUUCCACCAUGGGAACUUGCCUGUUAUCCCCUUUGAUGAAGGCUACACCCAGCUUUUUGGGGAAGACAAUCUGGUUGUUCACAGGGAUGGGCAUACCGUCCACUUAUCUCUUGAUGAAAGAACAGGGUCUGGAUUCGUUUCGCAGGACCUUUACUUACACGGCUACUUCAGUGCUUCCAUUAAGCUCCCUGCAGAUUACACUGCUGGAGUUGUGGUUGCUUUCUAUAUGUCCAAUGGCGAUACAUACGAGAAGAACCAUGAUGAGAUUGACUUCGAGUUCUUGGGGAACAUUAGGGGAAAAGAUUGGAGGAUACAAACAAAUAUAUAUGGCAAUGGAAGCACAGCCCUUGGCAGAGAAGAGAGAUAUAGCCUUUGGUUUGAUCCUGCCGAUGACUUCCAUCGAUACUCCAUUCUCUGGACUGAUUCCCGUAUCAUGUGAGAGCUCUUGCCUAUUGUCCAUUGUUCAAUUUCGCAGCUGAUGGCCUUGAUUGAUUAUGAUGAUGAGUAUUUCUUAACAUUGCGUUGUUUUGUGAUGUUGAUUGUCUGGUGGAGAAGAGAUAAAAGUUGUUUUCUUUUUACCAUUUUUACAUGGGUCCUGUUUUGUUAAGAAACUAGCACACACAUUGCUCAACUGUAAAUUUCCUGUUUGUAGCAAGUCUGUGUAGGCUGAUUAGCUCAUUGUCUUGUGUUUGUUUCCUGAGAAAAGGAAUAGGAAAGUUACAUGUCUACACGUUUUGAAUUAUACGUUUAGAUUGCACGCAAGAUCCUCUUUUGUGCAAGCUGUUGUUAAAACAGUCCAACACACAGAACAUGGUAUGCAUUUUUUGUGAUGUGGGGAUGUUGAAAGUGAAAGUUCUGCUAGUACUUGGUAGUUGGUACACUCCGAAAGUACACCUUUCAUGAUACCGGCUUCUCUCUCGCUGCAGAUUCUACGUGGAUGAUGUUCCGAUUCGAGAAGUGGUGAGAACCGCCACGAUGGGUGGAGAUUUCCCAUCGAAGCCAAUGUCUCUGUACGCGACGAUAUGGGAUGGAUCGGACUGGGCCACCAACGGAGGGAAGUACAGGGUGAACUACAACUACGCACCUUACACUACCGAGUUCUCCGACUUUGCCCUCCAUGGCUGCGCCGCUGAUCCCACAGAACACUCCACCACGACAUGCGACACCACCUACACCACGUUACUGAAAGCCGUAGCAAUCUCAGGCUCGCAGAGGACCAGGAUGGACAGGUUCAGGACCAAGUACAUGACGUACUCCUACUGCUACGACCGUGUUCGAUACAAGGUCCCACUGCCCGAAUGCGUGAUCAGCCCGCAAGAAGCUCAGCAUCUGAAGUCGUUCGAUCCAGUUACAUUCGGUGGAGGUAGGCCCCGCCACCACGGGAGGAGGCACCGGAGGAGCCACAGAGCAGCCGCAGCAGUCAAUGGUGAGGCCAUUUCUAUGUGAGAAUAAAACACCCAGAACAAAUGAAGCAUGUUUUGGCCAGAAUGGAAUAAUGGAAUGUGUGUCUUGGGGUACAUUCAUGAAUGUGGAUGGGUGAUGGUGGUGGGGAAGGUGGGAUUUUGGUGUUUGAUUCUGUUGGUUCAGAAUAGUAUUGUUUUUUUGUUUGUGAAUAGAGAUGAAAGAAAGAGCAUAGAUUCUUGAGAGAGUGGUUUGUGGUGGUGGGAGGAGAAUGGAGAUAUUCAUGGUUUUCAUAUUAUUAUAAAUUUCUAUAUGGGUUAUGUGUAUAGAUUGAUAGUUUAAUCUUCCUUUUCUUAUUUUUUCUUGCUGUUGAUCCAUUUUUUAUGUUGCAUUGUGCUUUUUUGUUGGUGGGUAAUGAAUGAAUAAAGAAAGAAAGGUCUAUAGAAUUUAUUUAUUUCCCAA